AUGGGAAGAUUCUUAAUACGUGAAGAAUCACCUGAUAAGCCUGGGGAACGAAGUAGAUUAUGGUGUCAUGAGGAGACAUUCAAAGUGUUGAAACAAAAAAAGGGUACAGAAAAUGUUCUUGGCCUCACCCUUGACAUGAGAAUGCUUGUGAAAGAGAAGUUAGAUGGAUCACUUGAGUUGAAAACAGAUGCAUUGAGUAAGAUGGAUAGACUGAUGCUUCUACAACUCAAUUAUGUGCAAAUAACUGGCUCUUACAAGAAUUUUCCAGAAGAAUUAAGAUGGUUGUGUAUGCAUGGGUUCCCUUUGAAGUUUAUACCAUCGGACUUGCCAAUGGAGAAUUUGGUUGUUCUUGACCUGUCGUAUAGCAAUAUUGAAUCGUUUGGCAUUUGUUGUAGCUAUCCACAACGACUUCAUAGGAGGCUAACGCAAUGGAUUGGAUCGUUCUCAAAAGACAAAUGGUUGCUUGGAUCAUUGAAGAUUCUUAAUUUAAGUUCCUGUGAACAACUUCGUAGUCUUGGUGGCUUUGACCACCUCCCUGUACUUGAGAAGUUAAUACUUAGAGGUUGCAUUGGUUUGUUUGAUGUUUGUGAAUCAAUUGAGCAAUGUGUUGAACUUUUUUUCGUUGAUCUGAGCUACUGCAGCAAGCUUCAAAAACUUCCAAGAAGCUUAGGCAUGCUAAAAAAAGUUAAAACACUAUUGCUAGUUGGUUGUAAUCUUGGUGAAUCUCGAAUUGGGAUUGUAGAUAUACACACAUCAACCUGUUCAUCUGUCGUUCCAUCUACCGUUGUGGAGGCUAUACCAAAUUAUUCAAAGUUCUUUACAAUCUAUUUACCGACAUCUUUAGUUAGCUUGUCACUUGCUAAUAAUAAUUUGUCAACCGAAUCCUUUCCCAUGGACUUUAGUUGCCUGUCAAUGUUAAAGGAUUAUAUCUAG